GUCGUCCGCCGGUUCCCGCCUAGAAAGCACCAAAUCCCUCACUCCACUCUCACCCCCAUCGAAAGAAUAGCCGCCAAAAUGUUCAAGAUCGCCAUCUGCUUGUUGGCCCUGGCCAGUGGAUCUCUGGCCGCCAGCAUUGGCCAGGUGGACAGCACCACCGAGAAACGCGAGAUUGUGCCGCUGCUGAAGUUCGAGACGAACAAGAACCCCGACGGUUCCUUCCACUUCAGCUACGAGGGCGGCGAUCAGUCCAUACGCCAGGAGCAGGGCGUGAUCGAGAACGCAGGCACAGAGGAUGAGGCCCUGGAGGUAUCCGGCAUGUACAGCUACAUCGAUGCCGAUGGCAACACCGUGGAGGUGCACUACACAGCCGGAAAGAACGGAUUCGUGCCCAUUGGCACCAUCAUUCCCAAGGAGAUCACCGAGCUGGCCAAGUCAGCUGCCCUGCUGCCCAAGGUUACCGAGGAUGAGCAGAAGUACCGCAGGGGCCGAUCCCAGGAAUCGGAAAACAAGGAGGCUGCUGUCGAGCAGGAAGCCGCUCCUGCCGAAAAGGAGGAGCCUGUGGUUGCCAGCGAAUCGGUUGCGCUGGAGAAAUCCGAGCCCCUGCCCGCCGAGUCCCAGCUGGUGCCCGUCCAGGUGCUGAUCGAUGCCGUGCCCGAGGCGGAGGUCAAGACCGCCGUCGUGGCUGAAACCGAGUCCGAGGCCGAGAAGAAGGUUGAGACCAAGACUGCCUAAGCUCUUCUAGAUAGUAGACUACCUAAGUAUUGUUUAAUUUAAAACCAAGUGCGCUCUAAUUUAACUGGCUAGCAAUAAAACGAUUCCU